AAGCGCCUCUUACCCUGAUAGCUAGAAGAGGCGUUUCUACACAUGUCAGAUGUGAUUUUUAAGUGAAAGUACCAUCUGCAUCGGACACAGUUUGACCACCAAGUUGUUGCUGUGUCGUGGAUCUUGUUUGUUACAAAUAAUGUCGGAUUCCGUCAGAAACGUCGCGAUAUUUGGAGCCACGGGAAUGACCGGGCUGGCGACCCUCCGGCUAGCGGUGGCUGCAGGAUACAAUGUGACGGUGCUGGUGCGGGAUCCUUCCAAGCUGCCUGCCGACCACAAGGCGUCCAGAGUGGAAGUGGGAGACGUACUUAAUAAAGAGGAUGUGAAGAAGAGCCUGGAAGGCCAGGACGCUGUUAUUGUCAUCCUGGGCACCAGGAACGACCUCAGCCCGACCACCAUGAUGUCUGAAGGCACCAAGAACAUUGUUGAAUCCAUGAAAGCCCGUGGGAUCCGCAAAGUGGUCGGCUGCAUGUCAGCCUUCCUGCUGUGGGAUCGCUCCAAAGUCCCGCCCCGUUUGGUUCCUGUGACAGAGGACCAUGACAGGAUGUACACAGUGCUGAAAACAUCGGGGCUGGACUACGUGGCCGUCAUGCCGCCCCACAUUGCUGACGACCUUCCCCUGACAGAGCGUUACAUGACGGCAGAGAACAUGCUAAAGGGUAGAGCCAUCUCUAAACACGACCUGGGACAUUUCUUCGUCAAAUGUCUGUCCACCUCAGAGUGGGAUGGCAAGACUGUCGGUGUGUGGGGAGAGUAUAAAUAAUCCUGAUCUCCGCCCCACUGAUGCCCUCUGGACAGUGAAGGGUUUAAAUCUCUUCCUGUCACUGAUCACAAUUCUUUAUAUCCACCAAAAUAAACUAAAGAGAGAAUAUUUUUUGUGCUUGAAGAUAAAUAAAGAUAUAAUGUCUGUGUAGAUUCAAACUACUACUGUGUUGUGAUAAAUCACUAAUGCUUUAUUGUUUUCACCUUUUAUGAUCAUGACUGAGCAGCUUCUGCUUGUUAUAUUUUAUACUAAUUUGAAUUUGAUCAUCAGCUACCACCAGGAUACAUUUUAAAACAAGUGCCAAACCUGUACUACUGCUUUAGUUGUUUAGUUCUGACUUUUCACAUCUACAUAGUGAAUUUUUCGGCAUGUGAUGUUGUUGCUCUGAUUUACAAAAGGGCUCCUUUUUUUAUAAAAUACUUUAUUGUAUUUCAUGUUGUGCUGAAAGAGUAAAUGUCAUGUGAAUGAGCAGAGCUGCAGGCUACUUGUUGCUGGAGUGACAAAACAACAACAAUAAUAAAUUUUAUAAUACUAUUCUAUACUUACAUUUACAUUACACUUUACAAAAGAAGAGAAAAUUAGUAACAGAGUAAAUCAUAGGUGGAUAGUGUACUACUGAUAUCUCAGACGUAAGUAUUAAUAUCAGUCUAUAUCAGCCUCUAUAAAUGAUAACUGCAAAGCAGGGAAAAUAUCUUCUUUAACAGACAGUUUUAUUAUACACAUCAUAAUUCUUCCCUUUAACUAAAUUAAGCACUUGAUGAAAGUUAACUGAUUUUAGAAAUCAAGAAAAGGACAUAUAUGAAAAAGCUUUAUUAAUUAUAUUAAUGGCUAAAUUAAAGUAAAGUGAAACAGGCAAGAUUACAAUGUGUCUAUGAAUAAUGCAGAUUUAUAAAGCAUGUACGGUGUAAUACAAAUUUAUAGGCUUCUUACAUUUUGUUCAGUAGACUCUCACCCCUGUCAUUUACAUUCCAGUGGAUUUUCACAGCUAAUAAAGGAAUAUUGUGAA